GAGCCGACCGCCGCGCCGCGAGCACAGAGAGAGGCACGCCGCACCGUAACCGCGACUCACCGCGCGACUCGCCGCGCCCCCCGAGUGCACCGACGACGAGCGCUCGCUCGAGCAUCACGACACGACCGACCUGCUCGAGGUGUCUACCAGUGACCUCCCCUCCCCGGUGUCCCCCCUGUGCAUCCCCCCGUCACUGUGCCGCCCUGGAGGCAGCAACAGCCAUGCGGGGCAUCGUCGCCUUCCUGGUGCUCGUCACCUGUGGAUUAGUCUCCGGGUCGGCCAUCCCCAUGUGGGAGUUCCUCAGCCGGGGAGAGAAGAUGAGCCACCUGUUCAACAUGUUCGUCAAGCAGGUCGAGGACCACUGUGAUCAAUCCACCAUGCCGGACUGCAACAAGGUGCUGAUGGUGUACGGGCUCACCAACCUGGCCAAAAUGGACGACGACAGCCUCGACAAGAUGGACCCUUACCAGCGGGGGGCUCAAGACAUCAUCUGGGACUCGAUGAUGAAGGGCAGCUACAAGAGCCCCGGCGUGAGCCCGACGCCCAGCGCCGCCACCAGCACCAGCCCCUCCCGGCGCAACGAGGCCCAGGACGUCUAUGAGGAUGACGGCGAGCUCACCGACGGCGGCAACAGCCUGGGAGGCCCCGGCUCCGCGGCGCAAGACCAGGACGACCGCUUCGUCUUCGGCCACGCCAGCGGCCCGAUGGUGGUGCGGGUCAUGCCUGACGGCUCGCCUGUUCCCGGGGACGCGGAGAGGCUGAUGCCGCGCGACGAGGACGCCGAGGAGUUCCGGCUGAUGCGUGGCCACCCCAUGCCUUCCUUGGAGGAGCUGCAGCAGCGCGCGCCGGGCCGUCAGCACCAGCCGCGGCACCGCGGGCCCACCCCGGCCGCCUCCAGCAUCGCGGCUCCGGACCACGACAGGUACCAGCCGAGCCCACCUCCCGCGGGACACUUCAGCCGUUUGGUGAGCGCGUCGCAACCCCACGCCAAGUUCGCCCUGCCUCCCCCCGGCAUGAACUUCAGGAUAGCGCCUCGACCCCACCAGCACCAACAGUAGCGGGGGCCGCCUCGCAACCCUACUUUAUCCGCAGUCCCACCAUUCGCAAUUGACAGCGUCGUACAUCAUUGCAAAAAAAGUUUGUUUUUCAUGCAAAAGUGAUAGUUUGAGAAAAUUUUCAUGUUUUUUUUCAUUUUGGUUAGUACUAGUGUACGUUUCAUUUAUGUUUCUUUUUUGAACACCGGAAAAACAUAGGUUCUAUGCAGCACCUUGGUAGAUGCUAGUGCCCCAGUGCCUUUAGAAAAAAAGGUGCUACCACCACAAAUAUGUGCUAGAUUUAAGGCCUUCAGUACCUGUAUGCUACAGGCUCUACGCCGUGAGGAUGAAUGUUGUUGAUAAAAACGUUAUCUUUACGAUGACACUACUCGUUUGAUAUGCCACUUCUGUCUACUUAACGAUAUAAAAGUGGCGCCCUGCGAACGAUAGUUGUAACGUAACGACAUCGUUGCGACACCGUUGUUACGCACUUUAUAGCACCCCCAAAACUUAUGUUGCACCCAGUAAAGGUGCUAAGUAGCACCUGUGUUUUUCCAGUGUGUAAAUUACCAGGUGGAUGACUCACGCCGCGCACUUUUGUAUAAAUACUGCGAGGAAGCAACAGGCAACCCACCCCGUGCUGUACAGCAUAAGUACGAAAGUACGCGGCGUGAGUCAAACACCUAGUACAAUUGUGGACCUUGCCGUAUUAAAAACAUAUAGUGGGAUAAAACUCCUAGUAUUUCAUAUUCACUUCAUUAGUGUUUUAGUAUCAGUUUUAAUGACAUCAAACUGACUGUGCCAAAUUUGAUUCUCUUUCAUUACCUUUUGCUCUUUUGUUGUUACUAUUUCACUGUGUAGUAUUCAAUUUGAUGUUCACAACAUUUUUAUAAAUUGAUGUUAUGAUUUGGUACUGUUAGUAUAAUUUUCAUUUUUUUUAAAGACAAGUGUAUCAAUUCCAAAUAAUUGUAAAUAUAUUUAUAAUACCGGUGCUGUAGUUAAUGGUAGAAAAUACAUGACAGGCUUCGAAAACGAAAGAGAGUAAUUUAUGUCUAGAAAGCUAGCUUUAAGAAUUCUGUUUUCUUUUGUACUGUUUUUUGUUAAAUGAAGCAGUAUUUGUUAUUUUCUUAAUAGGUAGUUUUGUAUAUAGAUUGAGAUCUUGUCUUGAAUGAUAUUGUAGUUUUGCCUUGCUUUCCUUUUGUAAAUAAUUCCCUUCAUUAACUUAUUUCAUGUUGUAGAAAAAGAUCAAACUGCGGCAAUUAAUUUAGUAUAUAUUUAUAUUGAACAGUCGACGUGUUUCGUCCCCCCGUUCCCUGCAAGUUUGACAAUACCCUUAAAAUUUGUUGCCUUUCCCUAUGUAUUUUCCAAGACUCUUUGGUUUUAUAUCCAAGGCCGAAAAAUAUUCUGAAAUUGUUUUGUCAUGAACAUGUGAUAUUCAAAUAAAACAGCUUAGAACUUUCAA